GAGGAGGAGGAAGUUGUUGGGCUGAUUAAUUCUGAUGGAGAAGAAAUGGACUGGGAUUCUUCUCUUCUUGGAUAUAAUCCCAGUCAGAGUUCUGACAUUGAAGAGAGUCCCUCUACAUCAGGAGAACCUGAACAUCACCAGGAGAAUCACACAGCUAAGAGCUCUCACUGCUGUUCAGUGUGUGGAAAAGACUGCCAAAAAUUAUCGGCGCUACAAAAACACAUGAGAAUUCACACAGGAGAGAAGCCUUACCCCUGUACUUUGUGUGGAAACCAAUUCCGUGAGAAGGGACACCUGAAAGCACACCUGAAAACUCACACUGGAGAGAAACCUUACCACUGCCCCGCCUGUGGGAUGAAGUUCGCCCAUUUGGGAGCCAUGAAAAUACACCUGCUGACACACACUGGAGAGAAACCUUACCCCUGCUCUGUGUGUGGGAAGAGUUUUACCCAGUCAUCGCGUUUGAAGCAACAUUUCCGGACGCACACAGGAGAGAAACCUUACUCCUGCUCUGUAUGCAGGAAGAGUUUUGCAAGACCAGCAGACCUUAAAGUACACCACAGAGACCACACAGGGGAGAAACCUUACAGCUGCACUGAAUGUGGCCAGAGCUUCACCAGUUCCCACAACCUAUGGAAACAUCAGAAGACCCAUCUACCACCUGGACUACCACAACCUGUUGAGUUUGACAACCACAACCAAACACCAGAGAUGAAUGCUAAAAACGAAGGACUGAAGGAGGAAGAUGAGGAGGAGGAGGAAUUUAGUGUUCUGAUCAAUUCUGAUGGAGAAGAAGUUGGAUUGGACUUGGAUCCUCCUCGUUUCAAUCCUCCUCUGAGUUCUGAGGAAGAGGAGAGUCCGUCAACAUCAGGAGAAACUGAACAGCACAAGGUGAACCACAAUACGGCUCUGAGGUACAGCUGCUCUGUGUGUGGGAAGCAGUUCAACCACAAAGGACAUCUGCGAAGACACGAGAGUGUACAUUCAGUUGAAAAACCUUAUGGUUGCUCAGACUGCGACAAGAUGUUCGGUUCCACCAUAGCUCUGAAUAGACACAAGAAGUUACACAGAGAAGAGAAACCUCACAUUUGCACAGUGUGUGGGAAAGGUUUUGUUCAACUGUCACGUUUGAAGGAACACUACCCGACGCACUCUGGAGAGAAACCGCACUGCUGCUCUGUGUGUGGGAAGCGCUUCACUACUGCUUCGUACCUUAAAACGCACAGCAAAGUCCACCUGGGGGAGAGUCCCUAUACCUGUAACAUAUGUAGGAGAGAUUGCCAGAAGUUGUCCGCAUUCAAGUUACACAUGAGGAUCCACACAGGAGAGAAGCCCUUCAGUUGCUCUGUGUGCGAGAAGCAGUUCACUCAGAAAAGACAUCUGCAAGACCACCAGAAAGUACACACUGGAGAGAAACCGUACCCCUGCACCCACUGUGACAAGCGGUUCAGCUUCUCCUCUGCCUUGAAAAGACACCAGCAGUUACACACAGGAGAAAAACCCCACUGCUGCUUUGUGUGUGGGAAUAGUUUCUCUCAAGCAGGGCGCCUGAAAGAACACCUACAGACGCACUCGGGAGAGAGACCUUUCUCCUGCUCUGUCUGCGAGAAAACCUUCAGAAAAGCUUCUGAACUCACGAUACACAACAGAUCUCACACAGGAGAGAGACCGUACAGCUGUGCCGAAUGUGGUAAGACAUUCACCAGUUCUAUGAAGCUGGGACGACACAAGAAGAUCCAUCAGAACACAAAAACUGAAGAGGUUCUGACUAAAGAUGUGAAGAGUAUUGAUGAUGAUGAAGUGGAGACUGCCUCCGCAGUUAGUGGAUGCUAGUAGGGUGAAGAGGAGGAGCCUCUACAGUUAGUGGAUGCUAGUAGGGUGAAGAGGAGGAGGAGGAGCCUCUACAGUUAGUGGAUGCUAGUAGGGUGAAGAGGAGAAGGAGGAGGAGCCUCUACAGUUAGUGGAUGCUAGUAGGGUGAAGAGGAGAAGGAGGAGGAGCCUCUACAGUUAGUGGAUGCUAGUAGGGUGAAGAGGAGAAGGAGGAGCCUCUACAGUUAGUGGAUGCUAGUAGGGUGGAUAAUCGUGAUGAUUGACGACCGUUGGUCUCCUAACGAGGUGCCGGUUUAGACUGGGAAUGAUGAACAAUGAUGACCUCAUAAUGUAAAAAAAUAUAUAUAUCUGCACACUGAUGCAUGUUUCCAAGAAUUGUAUUUUUAUUUUAAGUGAGCAAUGUUUUUGUGAAAGGUUAAUGGUUUCAAGAUUAAGCCAAUUUGUAUCAAAUACAUUUAAACUAUUAAAAAAAAGAGAAAGCAUGAAAAGGUGCAUAAAGACAGCAGACUGAACAGUAUAAAGCAGAUUAACAACAUACUAUCACACAUCAGUCAAUCCAACGUGAGAAAUGACAUGAGCCAACAAGCUGGUGGAAUCUAUAAACAUUUUAAUAAAAUGAUCAUUGUUCUUUCUAUUUUAUUAUGGUUAAUUCAUGUGAUUAAUAUGCUAAUUAUGCAACAAUCCAAAUAUUAAGUUUGUAGUCCAUAGAAUAGCUCUUCUUCCCUGUUCUUAACACUUUACAAUAACUUGUCUUUUAAUAUCAAUGUUCACAA